CAAAUUGGGCUUUGCUUCCAUUACCCACAGAUAGAUCCAGAACACGGAGCCGACACUCUGUAACUCUUUUGGCUGGCCGGGAGCGCAGAGACGAAGACCAAUUAGCAGCGGGCGGACGAAGGAAGAAGUAGCGGCGGCGCCGGCGGCACAGAGAGAGAUGUCAGGCGGAGCAUUUUGGGCGACGAGAGUGAUGGAGAUAGUGAAGAAGCACGACUCGGGAGGACUCGUCUGGAAGAGAAUCAAACUCACCCCCUCUCGUAAGGCCAACGCCAAGAAGCGCCUCCAGCGAGUUUGGCAGAAUGAGGCUGUCUUGAGGGCAUGCUCUGAACCACCACCUUCAACGGCAUCCACUAAUGAGGCUGGCGGACCAGCAGAGGGAGAUGGUAACAACACCACCAAAACCUUGGAUGCCUCAAGUUAAUGAGAUUGAACAUGAGAUAAGUAGCUCAAAGCAAGCGCUUUUGAUCGCAGAGCUAUAUUGUUCUAGUGAUAGUUUUAGUUGUCAGUCUGAUGUAGAAGGCUCUUUUGUUAAAGGAAGCAUACCACCAUGGCAACAACAUGAGCAAUUCUAGGAUACUGAUUUUGAAAACAAUCCAUUGGUAAUUCAGCAUAGAGUUAUAGAAUCAAGAAACAUGUUCAGAGAGCCAAUUUGGAUAUAGGUACUGUCAUUUCUUGAUGCAGACUAUGGUGUCGUGUUGCUGGGUGUAAGAUGCUCUUUUCUGAUAGAAAGGAAUCCCAUAUCUUGUUCUUGCAUGAGAACUCCAGGUUUGACUUGUAUGAUGCACUGCAUUUCAGUUCAUCAGGGGCAGCCAUUAAUUGAAGCUCCUAUGGUGGGAAUGCUGCUAUAUGGGGAAAGACAGUAACUUUUUGUUGUUGGUUGCUUGUGGAAUGGGAUCUUGACUACAAAUGUCAGAGACAGCUGAGCUAUCGCCUUUGUUGGAGACUGAGCUUUGCUGUUCUGCUCAAAUGGGCUGAUAGAAAGAAUACAACUUCAUUUCUCAUUGCAGUCAUUAACUGAACAGGCAGUAGGUUCCUAGUCUAGGCUUGGCUACUACAUUAUGCAGCGAUAGCUAGAAGGCUGCUGCGGUGCUGCCUUGUUUCUUCCCCUCUUCUUUGAUUUUUUGUUUGUUUGGUAAGAGUUUUUAAUUGUUACCCUUCCUUUUAUGAGUAUGGCAGAACUCCCAGACAGAUUUGCAGGACAUAUCAGAUACCAAACUUGUUGUUCUGUUUGGACAAUCAAAACCGAAUUCCUGUGUGAACUAGGUUAUAUUCAUACAAGUUGAGUUGAAUCAAAAUUUGGAAAGCGGGCAGAAUAGGAUCGUUACAUACUGUAAUUUUGUUUUCGAUUAUUUCAGUUGGCGUCUCAAAACUCAAUAUGAUUGUUGC